AUGGUGCCCAUUUUCGCGGAAGGUACCUCCCUUGCCCAUCAAGUUACGGAAGCAAAUGCAAUCACUUCGAUUUCGAAGAACAACGAUGACGCCUACGACGCCCACUUCAAGGUCGUAACCAUACCCACGAACAUCCCGGAUGUCCUCUGCACGCAGCUCAAUCGUGCCAUCGACACGAGCGAGGAACCUCAGAAUUUACCAAUUACUUUCAUGUCCUUGGAACGAGAAGGGUGUGUAGAGGAUGACAUUUUCCAUUGUAGCAGUAAUUGGCCUGUUCCCUUGCGUCGGCGCGGAGCCCUCAUCUCCGAAUCCGAAAGGAGGUGUACCCGUGUGCGGUGCAUUUCUGACAUAAUGGAUCGUGAUUAG